AUGAGACGAGGUGAUGGGGCUCAUGGUAAGAUAUUUGGACGGGGUGGUAAAGUUACAGGCAAAAUAUUGGAACGAGGGGGUGAAGCUCUUGGUGAAACAAUUGGGCGAGGUGGUGAAGCUCUUGGUGAGAUAUUUGGACGGGGUGGUAAAGCUACAGGCGAAAUAUUAGGACGAGGGGGUGAAGCUCUUGGUGAAACAAUGGGACGAGGUGGUAAAGCUAUUGGUGAGAUAUUGGGACGGGGUGGUAGAGCUAUGGGCGAAAUACUGGGACGAGGGGGUGAAACUCUUGGUGAAACAAUGGGACGAGGUGGUAAAGCUAUUGGUGAGAUAUUUGGACGGGGUGGUAGAGCUAUGGGCGAAAUACUGGGACGAGGGGGUGAAACUCUUGGUGAAAACAAUGGGACGAGGUGGUAA